AUGCUCCUGCUUCGUGGGAACGUCGAGGUGAAUCCUGGACCAACAGUUACGGAGGACCAGGCGCGAGUUGACGGUUUUGUCGAAGAUGACUGCGAGUCCGAGGACGAGCCUCUGAUUCUCCGUGCUAAUGUCGGCGAUCCUGUUCGCUCCGGACAAUCAGGAGCAUUGCCCACUUCGAAGCUUCCCACUUGGCAGGCCGGGGGCGCAAGAAGCAGGUUCCCGCGAGGCAGUGUGGACAACAAGCCCUCGACUGCCGAUCCGAUUGGCCACCACCGAACUCCGGCCGAGUGGCCAACUCCACCGGCUGCUGCUACAGCUGCCGCCACGCCUCUCGGCGAGGUUAUGGCACCCCCAGCGCCUCACUCAGCUACCCAAACGGGAGAUGCGCAGCGCUCCAAUCGAAACCGAGGGGGGCGUGGUAGGGGCAGAGGAUCGGGUCUCCGGAGACAAGCGGGCAGCCGGAAGCAAGGGGCUGGCCGGAAAAGUGGGACGAGUGUCCUUGACGCAGCGCUCGCGAGGCCCUCGGAAGGGCAUGGCAUGUCCGAGGGGCGUGCUGACGCGCAGGAUGGAGACAAUGCGGAAACACAAGGGGUUCCCGGAAGAGAGCAGAAUCCGGAGUGCGUCGAAGAGGAGACGGAGGACCGAGCUCGGGAAAGGCACGUUGCUGACGCCCGUUGGAAUGCUGCAAUCAAGAAGGACGCCAAUCUCAAGCCGAAGAGCAAAAAGGACUACAUUCGAGGCCUCAAGACUUAUAAGCACUUCUGUAUCCAACACGGAUACGGGCGAGACGAUGGGGAUUGGGCUCCUGCGAGAUCUGCGGCGGUCUUCAAAAAAUUGGGCGGCAAUACGCUGCCGCUGUGGGCAUCAGGCCCUCGGAUCACGGUGGACAGGAUCUCCUUGGCUGUUGAUCUGGUGGAAAAGCUGAACGAUCAGGAUGAAAUGUCCAUUGGCAUCGUCCAGAACUUUUGCAAGGCGCUGCAAUUCUACGCCAUCGUCCAGGACUUCCUCGAGGGUAUACAUACCUCGAGCAUGGACGUGAGAGCCAUCCAUUCGAUGCAAGAGCUCCUGAAGUGUGCCGCCGGCAACACUGCCAACAAGAAGAUCCGGUCAUGUGCAGACCGACAAGAAGGUACUGAAUCGGACGGAUACACCGAGGAAGAGAAGCUCCGCUUAGCGCAGGCUUGGCUGACGAAGGGGCGCAGGAUGAUGCCUGGUGCCCACGGGGACGACGACGGGGAAGACGGUGACGUUCAUCAGCACACCACCAUGAGAUGA